AUUAAUUGGCACAUUAUUCAUGCAAAUCUUUUUAGACAUAAGAAAAAAAAUAUCAGUUAAAUUUCACAUCAACGCUGUUCUUGCUGUCAAUUAUAUUUGGCUAGUGUCAGUUUGACAGUUUUAAAUAAAUAACAUGAAUCUUUAAGAGAAGGACCUUAUAGUCCUGCCUCUUUUUAUAAACUGAUAUUAAGAGGCUAAAGUAUGAAAGGUCAAGCGGAGAAAAAUGGAUAUCGGUAAAGUGUCAGCAUGCGUGAGAAGUCAGCAGAAUGUCAUGCUCACGCAGGUCACGUGAGGGGCACAACAGAAAUGUGCUCACGUGAUCCUUCUACAUUGCAUUCAACCCUUACCAAGGCAAAUGGUAAAAAUUCAAGCCCACAAUCAACUCAUCAUUCAGAAGCACAUAUCGACAGCAAUUUACUUCCGACACCCGGUGGAAGAUUAAAAUUUUUUAAAGAUGGAAAAUUUAUUUUGGAACUUUCCCACCGUAGAGAUGGAGAAAGAACCACAUGGUUUCCAGUCCCAAAGAAAACAUUUUGGCCACCAGCCAGUACAACUCCAAAUAGGCAAGAGAGUUCAACAUCUCUUAGUGUUUCUGAUGAUAAUUCAUCAGUUCAGUCAAGUCCUUGGCAAAGAGAUCAUUGUUGGAAACAAGCAAACCCAAGACGUAGGAUAUCUACAGAGUUCAAUUUUUAUUAUUAUAGGAACCCAAGAAAUCGUUUGUGCGCGCAUCCUCGCUUGAUCGCAAGAAAGCGUAGACGUCCACUAGAUCCUACUUCUUUGUUACUUGUUCCAGAAUCGGUAACAAAUUAUACUAAACCGAUACGUAAAGCAAACGGUACACCAACAGGAAAGGUUUUAAACCUAAUUAUCGACAAAUUGGCGCGUCUGCUAGAUCCUAAUGUUGUUUCACCUCGCAAACGUAUUUUACGCGAAUUAGAAAAAGUUUCGUUGGAAGAUCAGGCAUCGAAACGACGUGCAACACCACAGCCUGUAUGUACAACAACUGCUCCUACUUCUUCACCAAAACAAUUAUCGUCGUACAGUAUAACAAGUAUAUUGGGAGAAGACAAACCAAGUCACGAACAAGGUUUUCUGAGGAAUUUAUUGAAACCAGACGAUAGACAAACUGCGAAAUACUCAUCAAGUAACUCAUAUCCGAGGGUACGAAUGGAACCGUAUAUUGGUACAACCAAUACACCUCUGCAGCAUCCGCUUUACGGUGUACCAAUGUUACCUCCUGGACCAUACAGAGCUCCUUUAUGGAUGCAUUAUCCAUCACCCGUCCAUUAUCCACCUCCUAUGCCAUUAUAUGCACCACCACCACCUCAUCCCCCAUCUCCUCCAGUUCAUCAUUACAAAGACUAUAGGGAACAAACUCUCACACCUCCUUCAGAUAUGCCUCUAAAUCUGUCGAAGCAUGCGGGUUGAAUCUCAGGAUCCUAAAAGUUGGUGCCUUAUAAAUGGACAAAACUGCGUAAACACUGCCCGUGCAACGACAAUGCGAUAUAUUAGUAUUUUUUUAUUCGUUAACAGUAGUAUCAUAGUAAGUAGAAAUAUGCAACCAGAAAAACAAAGUCUGGGUGCUAUUCUUGUACAUAUAAAUGCAUAAACUGUCUAAGUUGGCAUAGGUAUUUUAUAUUAAUAUUAAAUUAAAUCAUGAGUAGUAUUAUACAAUUUUUAUUGUAAUUAAUAUCAUGUAUGUAAUACAUAAUUGAAAAUAUGUAUGUUGCAUAAUCUUUUACUUCGUGUAUUUUCAUUGUUCUUUGUUAAAUUACAGAAAUUGUAUUUUUUUUCACAAUUCUUUUACUACAGAAGUUGCAUAAAUGUGUUCACAUUUUCACGUAUUAAUAACGUAUCAAGUUCGAUGUUCGUUUGUUAAUUACUUUUACUACUCAUGAUUCAGAUACCACCAUGAAAAAAUGGAGCAUGCUCUCACCUUGCGCAUCUCACUUAUACAUUAUCUUGUUAUUCUUACUAACGUUACUGUCAUUAUUAUCAUUAAUAAAUGAAACGACUAUUCAUUUUAAAAGAUUCAUAAGAAAGACAUAGAAUUAUGUACAGAACAGAUUAUUACCUAUAUUUAGUAUAAAUAAUUAUUCCUACGAAUAGUAAUAUGAUAAUAAAUUUAGAUUGAUAGCAUCCACAACAGUAUACAUUUAUUUAUAUAAUAUUAGUAAACAAAACAAAAUUGCUUGGUAAAGACCGUGGGGUGUGCCUUAAAUGAUUACCUAAAUUGCAACAAACUAAAUUAUAAACAUUUUCAUGAGUAUGUACUAUUGCUACUAUUACUACUAUUACUACUAUUAGUACUGUGUAUAUAUGAAUAUAACUUUACGUUACGUAUUUGCAUCAAAUCGACAUUCGUCACUAUUUAUUGUUAGUCAGGCGCAUUACCAAACAUUUUUCACAAAGGCAAGCUCACACAGGCUCUACAAACUAGUGAGUAAUUUUAAUUAUUCAUUUAUAUACUUUUUUUAUUAAUUGAAACAGAUGAAAUAUGUGACUGCGCGCAAGCAAUUGUAUAGAAAGACUAAUUUCGUAAAUAUAUAAAUAUUUCAUAUACUA